UUCGUCUGGAAGCCACGUUGCUCUGCUUCAAACUCUGCGACCAACCCGCGCGCUCCACCUAGCCGUCGAACUGCUCUCUUUUGUCCCCGCCUUACACCCUCCAGCAUCAGCAAUCCAACCAGAAAAGCACAAAAUAAAAAAAGAAAAAAGAAUGCAGGCUCUGACCCUGAGCAAGAGGCUCUCUGCAUCCAAGCCUCUCUUCAGAAUCUCUCCUAACCUCAUCACUCAAUCAUCAACCACCUCCUCCUCUUCCACCACCUCUCCGCCACCUUCGUCACCGAUCUCUACCACAGAUGGCGGCUCCUCCUGCCAUCCCUUGGCUCUCCUCAGCUUACUCCGCGCUUCCAGGUCCGCUACCCAAAGCCUCCGAACUGGUGUCUCCAGAUCUGACGUUAGAGAUGUGAAUCUCGCUGGAGGCCAAGUGCGCGCUUAUGAGGUUCUGAAACUUUAUCGCCCCAGUUACGGAACCGGAAUAGCAACUUUCAAGGUUCAGCCUCACGGUGCAGCUGGUUAUGCCACUGCUACUACUACUGGCGAUAGCAUCCAGAGGUUAGUUGGUGUAAAUUCAAAGCAUUCAAUGAUAAAAUUGAUUUUAGUUUCAGUUUUUCAAGCAUCACCAUCUUCUGUUGUAUUAAUAUGCUUAUUUCUUGGCCUGAUUGCUGAGACUAGUGGCUUUUCUGGGACCUUGUUUGUUGGAAUUUUCAGUUUAUAUGUAAAUAUAGUCAUAACUGCUAUUUUUAAUAGAAUAAAAAAAUAACAUUCUUGGAUAGUUGAAGGGGAAAAUAUGCAAGAGGAUAAGACAUGUUGAGUUAGCAUCUAUGAAGCAUGAAUGCAGCCUAUUGAUUUUUCUUUUUAUCUUUUUAUCUUUUGGAGCAAUUUCAGACCACAUCUUGUCAUGAAAGCCCAAAAUAAAAAACUUUUUAUUAAAGGGGCAUAGAAAUAAAGACUUAUUUUAUUAAAAGGGCAUAUAAAUAGAGGAUACCAAUUUUAUUAAAAAAAAAAAAGAAAAAAAAAAUCUUAGAUACCAAAGAUGUAUACAACAUGCUCCAUUUUUUGGUGAGGGACUUAGAAUCGAUACCUUGUCUGUGUUGGAUUUAUUUCUUUGAUUUUGGUGUGUAGUCAAUUAUGUGUCUGUCUCUGUCCA